CGGCUCACUGUAGGUCAUGCUCAGCACGGAGCUCUUACAUCAGUCCUCAACACAAAUUCCUUCUGAGGGUCAGACGUACUUUCUGCUGAGAGUAUUAGGAGUGUUUUUCAGUUCCAGUUCAGUUAUUGUGUCCUUAAAGCUAACAAUGGUUCUGUCAAGUAUGGAGUAUGCAAAAACUUUAGUUCCUACAUCUUUAAUGAGGUCUGUGUCGUUGGUACAGAACUCUCUGGCACAGCGUAUGCUGUCUCCUCCACAGCCCCGUCCAUACAGGGUUUGCACACCGCACCGCCGUGGGAGAAAGGGUUUCAUGGCUACAUCUCUGGAAGACCUCAUAGACAAGGUGGCCAGUUCUUUCCUAGUAACCUGUCACGUAUUCACUCUGGUGCUUGAGGAUGAUGGGACCGUGGUGGACUCUGAAGCCUUUUUUCAGUCUCUGCCAACUAACACUGUGUUUGUGGUUGUAGAGAAAGGGAAAGUUUGGACCCCAAAUAAACAGGUUCUGCCGAGUUUCACUCAACCAAAAAGGAAAGGAAUCGCCCAUCUGAGCUUUGACCUGUACAAACUGGACCCACAGGAUUUUCUGGGCUGUCUUACUAUUAAAGCCACACUUUAUGAAAUAUAUACACUCUCAUAUGACAUUCACUGCUACAGAGCCAAGGAGAUAUUAAAGUCUUUUUUGCGAUGUAUCCUGAACGCAGCCAGAGUGGCAGGCCAUGUUCUUCUCUGUAGCUCCACGUAUGGAUUACGGCAAAUUGAGGAAGAGGAAUACUCUCGAUGAGCUUUACAUCACACUACAUAUAGUUACUCACUCCUUACUCCUGCACAAUGAUUGUUUUACGGUGAGGGAUGAGUGCUUAGACAUGCAGCCUUAACAGCGUCUUUGGUUUUUAUGUUUUGGACGGAAUACUGUAACUGCUAAUCUUGUAACUUAAAAUGUUGUGUGUAGCAAGUAAAAAGAAUCCAGUGCUCUUAAUAUGAACAAAACAUUUUCCAUAUAAUUGUCUUUCAUCACUUUCUGCCAGUUUAACUGGUUUUGUGGCUGGUUUUCUUCAACAACCUAUCUGUUUUCUUUGUUAUCCAUCAAAAUGUAGUUUACAAAACAGACAUAGUAAAAAACCAGCCAACCAAACAAACAAACAGGAGACAGUACUGUUAAGGAAGGUUAUGAAAACAGUCUGUCAGAUUAUACUUUUCAAAGAUUCUUCCUGGGUGACCUAUACCUUUCUGAUUAGGUUAUUAUAGAAAUGUGUUUUUUUGUGGGAUUAGACACACUUUUGUGUAACACGUAUGUCUUAAUGGUUUACCGAUGGUGAAAAUGGAAUGUCUGGAAACGAAA